AUGAAACAAACGUUUUUGCUUGGUAAAUUUUGUUUUAUUUCGCAUUCAUGGGUUUAUUUUUGCGGUUCAUCAUUAGUUAUAGGACUGAUUUUGGUGUCGCCGACAAUAAAUCAAAUACUUCUUACAAAUGUUCCUUUUGAAUGUCGAAGCAAACAGGAUGGCUUCUGGCGUGAUUUGAGAUACUGUGAUGUCAUUCAGGUUUGUGUAGGCGGUGAACAUAAACGAUCGUACGGGUGUCCUCAGGUUGGAGAACGAUUUUAUUUUGAUGAACAGACUCAGAGAUGUGAAUUCGCCUCGAAAGAUACAGCCGGUUGUCAGUCGAAUCAAUAUUUCACUUCAAUCACAAAUGCUACUACGCCUUCCGGAGCACAACUGAGCACACCUGCUCCUACUGAGCCAUGGAAAAUCUUCGCAAGAUCGCAAGAGCAAUUUAACUGUGCAGGUCGACAGGAUGGAUUCUAUGCUAGCCGAUGGUGUAACGUGUUCUAUCGUUGUUACAGUGGUGUCUCCAAUGCGUUCCUCUGUCCAUUACAGCCUGGUGGUGCACGUCUUUGGUGGGUUCAGCAUGGAUCCUCUCAAGGUUUAUUCGAAGAAUCAGUGGCAACAUGUACUUAUCCUUGUGACACGGGUAGACAAUGUUCAAGUGCCGGAGGAAUCAUUGUAGAGAAUGGAAAUCAAAUUAGUGAAAGUCAACAGGAAGCUGCAAAUGCCUACAGACAGUCUCCUUGCUCUAAUCGAACGAGUUCUGGCGCUGGAGCAGGACAAUUCGGGUCUGGCCAGACAGGCACAGGACAAUUUGGGUCUGGUCAGACUGGAACAGGACAAAUCGGAUCGGGUCAAACAGGAACUGGUCAAAUAGGAGGAGGAAAUCAAGGAAGUACAGGAGGUACGUUCACUGUUGACUCGGAUGUCAGUUGCGCUGGCAAACCAGAUGAUACAUAUUUGUCCAGCCGUUAUUGCAACGUUUUCCAUCGAUGCGUGUCAGGUGUUAGAUUCGAUCUCCGAUGUCCUCGUGCCAACAACAUUCCCUACGAUUUAUGGUGGAAUCAACAAACUAAUCUUUGCGAUUGGCCGUGUCGCGUACAAUGUACCGGACCGCUCUAUGCAUCGAGUACAGCGGCACAACAAGUAUCCAGCGAAAGUUUAAAAUUUUUCAAUGGCGAUUGUCGAGCUUAUCCACUCGUAUUUAAUUAA